CCUGACACUGGGGACAGGGCUCCACUGAGCUGCAGCACUGCGAGCAGGAGUGGAGCAGGCUGUGUAACACCAGGACCCAGGAGAUCUCGGACUGCUCUGUAGAGGGAAGAUGAGCUGGAAAUUGAGCACGUUACUGAAUUACCUCACAGAGUAAGACCCGAGUGUGAUACAGAAGAACCUUAUAACCUGGGAUCUAAGUGUGCUGGAGAAAUGGAAACUAAACCAGAAUCCCAGCUUUUUAUAAAAACUGAGCUCACUCUGGAGGAAGCGUCCACAGCAGAGCCUGAGCUCAAAGCAGAGGAAGAGUCGACCGUAAGAUCUGGGCUGAAAACGGAGCAACAGCCUGCUGUUGGACUUGAGCUCAAGAUAGAGGAACUGUCUGCAGCCGGAUCUGAGCUCACUGUGGGGGGGCCGACUGCAGGAGAAUCUGAAUUGUCUACAACAGGACCUCGGCUCUGCAGACGGAGACCGGAGGGAGGCCAGUCUGGGGGUCUGGGAAACAGGCCCAGGGGGGAGUGUCAGGGCAGAGGGAGGAGAGAAACCCCAUCCUUCCAGCUCGCCCAUCAGCCCCCUGGACCCUCCAGCCCACAGGAUGGCUCACCGCCUCAUGGGGAGGCCCAGGGCACAGCCUCCAGCCGAGCCAGAGGGGGGCAGCAUCGCUGCAGCCAGUGUGGGAAGACAUUCGGCCACCCAAGCAGCCUUCAGAUCCACCAGCGGACCCACACGGGAGAGAGGCCCUACCGCUGCGCCCAGUGCGGGAAGAGCUUCACCCGGGCUGGGGACGUCAAGACUCACGAGCGGACCCACACGGGAGAGAGGCCCCACUGCUGUUUCCAGUGCGGGAAGAGCUUCAGCCGGGCGGGGUACCUCAAGAGCCACGAACGGAUCCACCUAGGAGAGAGGCUGUAUGGUUGUAAACACUGCGGGAAGAGCUUCAGCUGGGCGGGGAACCUCAGGAGACACGAGCGGAUCCACACGGGCGAGAGGCCCUACUGCUGCGAGCUGUGCGGCAGGAGCUUCAAGAGGGCGCUGGACCUGACGUGUCACGGGCGGAUCCACACGGGAGAGAGGCCCUACUGCUGCGAGCACUACGACACUCAGUUUAUCCGGACAAACACUAAAUCUUAUAUACAACCUCAGUCCGAUACACAAGGAUUUGAUGCUCAAGAAUCUCAUGAAUCCUGUUCAGAUGUUGUGUCUCCCAGAGUGAAGAGUGAAAGUGAUCUGGACUCCAGCUACACUGCAGAUCUGUCCAGGAUUCAGUCCCUCAGCACUGCAGCACCGGAUACUGAGUCCCAUCAGGAGUCUGACCAGAUUAAAACACAGACCAAACGACCACAUAAGGUCCAUGCAGGAACUGAGGCGAAUCGUGACCAGAUCCACACAGGACAGAGACCAUACGGCUGUGAACAGUGUGGGAAGAGUUUCAAUCAGGCAGCUAAUCUCAGGAAUCAUGAACGGAUUCACACAGGACAGAGACCAUACUGCUGUGAACAGUGUGGAAAGAGGUUUAUCCAGGCAGGAGCCCUCAAGUGUCAUGAACGGAUUCACACAGGGGAGAGACCGUACUACUGUAAACAGUGCGGGAAGAGUUUCAGUUCAGCAGGAAAUCUCAAGAUUCAUGAACGGAUUCACACGGGAGAGAGACCGUAUUGCUGUGAGCAGUGUGGGAAGAGUUUCAAGCAGGCAGGAGAUCUUGGGCGUCAUGAACGGAUUCACACAGGAGAGAAACCGUACUGCUGUAAACAGUGUGGGAAGAGUUUCAAGCAGGCAGCAAAUCUCCAGAUUCACGAACGAGUUCACACAGGAGAGAGACCGUACUGCUGUGAGCACUGUGGGAAGAGUUUCAACCAGGCAGGAGCCCUCAAGUAUCACGAGCGAAUUUACACAAGACAGAGACCAUACAGCUGUGAGCAGUGUGGGAAGAGUUUCAGUGAGGCUGGGUCUCUCAAGUGUCACGAACGGAUUCACACAGGAGAGAGACCGUACUGCUGUGCACAUUGUGGGAAGAGUUUCAUUUUGGCAGCACAUCUCAGAGUCCAUGAACGGAUCCACACAGGAGAGAGACCGUACUGUUGUGAACAGUGUGGGAAGAGUUUCAGUGUGGCAGCAAAUCUGAAGAUUCAUGAACGAGUUCACACAGGAGAGAGACCGUACUGCUGUGAGCAGUGUGGGAAGAGCUUCAAUCAAGCAGCAAUUCUGAAGAAUCAUGAACGGAUCCACACGGGAGAGAGACCGUACUGCUGUGAACACUGUGGGAAGAGUUUCAAUCAAGCAGCAAAUCUCAAGAUUCAUGAACGGAUUCACACAGGAGAGAAGCCGUACUGCUGUGAGCACUGUGGGAAGGGUUUCCACCAGGUAGGAGCCCUCAGAAGUCAUAAACGGAUUCAUAUGGGAGAGAAAUCAUUGUAGUGGAAAAGUAUAUUAUUUUCCUUAGAAUUAAGGAUUAGUAAACACAUGAGAAGUCUUCCUUUUGCGUUGACAAGCAUCAUGGGCUUUUAUGUUAAAGCACAAGAAUGCAAGAAAAGUGCAGGACUGUCUGUGAUCAGGUCCUCACCUAUCGCCAGUUGUAAUGUCUUUCCCAGCCACUCCCAGCACAGAGCAAGCAGCUGACCACUCAGAUCAUGCUGGGCCAGCAGAUCUUUGAGUAGCAAACGUCUUUAUUCACAUUAUGAUUGUAAUUCUUGAGACUUACCAAGUAUUAUUCCAAACGUGAGUUUUAAUCAUGUGCAGUCGUAACUGCAUAUAUAUUGUAUCUGAGAGUAUGUGUGUGAUGAAAAUAUACGAGAGGGAUAAAACCUCUGAACUUGACCGCAGUGCUUUACAACCUCUUCUCCUUUCUGAUCCCCCCCAAAAAUCAAUCUUUCAGAUCGCAGCAGGUCAGUUCACAAAUAUAUUCUGUUAUUUGUGUUUUUAUGCAUGUUUUGCUGUUGGAGUCUAAAUAUAUAAUAAACAAUUUAAUAAACGA